AUGGCGACCUCAACAAAGUCACACACUUAUAUCGUCGAGCACCUCGACACCGAACUCGAAGACUGGCAAAGUCUGGAAUACACAACCAUCUCCGCAGAAUCCACCGCAACUUCCAACAAAUUCCUCCUUUCAGGCCUCGAUGCCUCUCUUCUCUCCCCAUCAACACCUUCAGGAGCUUUGAAUUCCAAGAUCCCCGACUCCAGCAAAACAACGACCAGCGUAGAAAAGCUCUAUCCUGACCCGGAAGCUCGGAAACGAGUCUGUCUUCUCGACCCCAAAGGUGCAAAAGACUUGUCUCCGGAAGAUGGGGAUGAGUUUGACGCUUUUCUGUUUGGUGGGAUUCUCGGCGAUGAUCCUCCACGGGAUCGUACGGCGGAUUUGAGAAAGUUGGGUUUUCCGGGAAGAAGAUUAGGGCCCGAGCAGAUGACUACGGAUACUGCGGUGAGGACGACGAGGAUGGUGGUGCAGCAGGGAAUCCUCCUGGGAGAUAUCGACUAUGUGGAUCGCCCGGAUAUUGAGAUUCGGGAUGAUGAGGGUAAGGUGGUCAAGGGCGAGACUAUUGAGAUGCCUUUCAAGUACGUGCGGGAUGAGAAGACGGGGAAGGCUAUUAUGCCCGAGGGCAUGUUGGACUUGCUGGGAAGGGAUGCGGAUAAGGGAAUCUUGGAUUUACUGUGA